GUGCUAAACAACUACUGCUACUUCUUAUUCUACUGCGUUCAAACUUUGUAACCUUACUACACCAAAUCGUUUUCUUCAAUUCUCACCACCUCAAUUAAUUUCCUUUUUUUUUUCUUUUUCUUUUGAUCCGUUUCUCUCUUAAAUCCUUGCUUAAACAUUCACACUUUUUCUUUAACCAAAAACCCAAUAAAGUUUUUAUUUUUGUUUGUCCUUGUUUUAGAGAGAACAAUGUCAUCGGCACCGCCGGGGGCUACUCCAGCCCCAACAUCACCACCGCCAGCAACCAAUACUACAUCCCCGCCUCCACCAGCUGCCGCGACUCCGCCGCCUACUACUACUCCUUCCCCACCACCCGUUACCCCAUCAGCUCCUCCUCCUUCCACUUCAUCACCUCCGCCUUCAUCCUCUGCCUCUCCACCUCCUCCGGCCACUGAAUCUCCACCCCCAUCAUCCUCAAAUCCUUCCCCUCCGCCGCCUUCCUCAUCAACACCAUCUCCGCCGCCGCCACCGAGGAGUCCCGGUACUGCAUCUCCACCACCGCCUCCGAGGAAUUCCGGGACUCCAUCUCCUCCUCCGCCUCCGUCUGAUUCCAGUAAUGAGACGCCGACGGGGCUCAUAGUGGGGGUAGCAAUAGGGGGAGUGGCGAUAUUGUUGGUUUUGGGUUUGUUGUUUUUAUGUUGUAAGAAGAAGAGAAGAAGAAGAGAUGAGGAAAGUUACUACAUGCCUCCUCCACCUCCUGGACCCAAAGAUGAUCCGCAUGGUGGCCAGCAGUACCGGUGGCAACAAAAUCCUCCUCCGCGUGUGGAGCAAUUUGGUGCUGUGGCUCCAAAGCCGACUCCUCCACCAGUUACAGCAUGGCGACCUCCAUCUCCAGGACAAUCUUCUACACCUCCUCCACCUUUCAUUAGCAGCAGUGGAGGUUCUGGCUCUAAUUAUUCAGGUUCUGAAAACCCGCUUCCGCCUCCGUCACCUGGUAUUUCCUUAGGUUUCUCGAAAAGCACUUUUAGCUAUGAAGAAUUAGCGAGAGCAACGGAUGGCUUCUCGGAAGUUAACCUUCUUGGACAAGGAGGUUUUGGGUAUGUACACAAAGGAGUUCUCCCUAAUGGGAAGGAAGUAGCAGUUAAGCAACUCAAGGCUGGAAGUGGGCAAGGCGAGAGAGAAUUUCAGGCUGAAGUUGAGAUCAUUAGCCGUGUCCAUCACAAACAUCUGGUCUCAUUGGUCGGAUACUGUAUUUCUGGGACAAUAAGAAUGCUUGUUUAUGAGUUUGUUCCAAACAACACCUUGGAGUUUCACUUGCAUGGGAAGGGGCGACUGACCAUGGAUUGGCCGACAAGGAUGAAAAUUGCUUUAGGAUCUGCAAAAGGACUGGCAUAUCUUCAUGAAGAUUGUCAUCCUAAGAUCAUUCACCGUGAUAUUAAGGCCGCUAAUAUUCUGUUGGAUUUCAAGUUUGAAGCAAAGGUUGCUGAUUUUGGACUAGCGAAAAUUGCUUCCGAUGUCAACACGCACGUCUCCACCAGGGUGAUGGGUACUUUCGGGUAUUUAGCCCCUGAGUAUGCUUCAAGUGGAAAGCUCACUGAUAAAUCAGAUGUUUUCUCCUUCGGAGUCAUGCUUUUGGAGUUGAUUACUGGACACAGACCGGUUGGCUCUUCUUUUAUGGAUGACAGUUUGGUGGAUUGGGCUAGGCCUUUGCUCACAAAAGCUUUGGAUGGAAACUUUGAUGGUCUGGUUGAUCCAAAGUUACAAAAAGAAUAUAACCACAACGAGAUGACUCGUAUGGUUGCUUGUGCUGCAGCUUGUGUACGACAUUCAGCAAGACGUAGACCGCGGAUGAGCCAGAUAGUCCGUGCUUUAGAAGGAGAUGCAUCAUUGUCUGAUCUUAACGAAGGAAUGAAACCCGGACAGAGCGGUGUCUACAGCUCUUACGGAAGCUCAGACUAUGACACGAGCCAAUACAAUGAAGAUAUGAAAAAGUUCAGGAAGAUGGCAUUGGGUACUCAAGAAUUCGGUGCUAGUAGCGAGUACAGUGAACCAACCAGUGAAUUCGGUUUAUACCCUUCCGGCUCGAGCAAUGAAGGCCAAACCACCCGCGAAAUGGAGAUGGGAAAGAUGAAGAGGAAUAGCUAUGGAUUCAGCGGAAAUUCAACCUCUUAACGACAAAUUGGCCUUGUUCAUUCCCUUUUGUAAAGAUCCCAUCCCUAGUCCUCCAUUUUCAUACUAUUAAGACUUUGAUUCCAAAAACGGGCAAGGGCUAUUUUUUCGUGAGAUAGCACAUUCUUUUAUUAUCCCUCUAAUCUUUGAAAUUACGGGGUUUUUUUUUAUUGUUUGCUCAAUUUGUAUUUAUUUAUUAAUCCACAUAGUAAAUAAUGGACACAUACAUUGAGAUUGAUUUUUCA